CUGCGGAGCGGCGCGCGGAUCCCGCUCUGCGGCCUCGGCACGGGCGGCGUGCCCGGGCUCGUCGGCGAGCAAUGCGUCGACAUCGUGUCGCACGCGCUGCGCAGCGGCGUGCGCCUCGUCGACACGGCGAGCCAGUACGGCAACGAGCGAGAGGUCGGCCGGGCCCUGCGGAAGAGCGGCGCGCCCCGCGGCGAGGUCUUCCUCGUGACCAAGGUCGCGCCCCUCGAGCAGGGCUACGCCGCGGCGACGGCGAGCGUCGUCCGGAGCCUCGAGCGCCUCGGCGUCGACUCCGUCGACCUCGUCGUCGUCCACUGGCCCGGCGCCUGGACGUGGCGCGCGCUCGAGGACGCGAGGCGCAACGGGCUCGCGCGCGAGAUCGGCGUCUCGAACUACACGGUGCCGCAUUUAGAGGAGCUCAUGACGUACGCGCGCGAGCCGCCGGCCGUCGUCCAGUCCGAGUGCAGUCUCCUCUUUUCGAACGACGACGUCCGCCGCUGGUGCGCGGCGCGCGGCGUCCACUUCCAGGCCUACGGGCCCAUGGGCGGCGCGGCGGAGGGCGGCGACCGCGGCGCCGUCGGGCACGCCGUGCUCCGGGAUGUCGCGGCGCGCUACCCGGAGCGGACGCCGGCGCAGGUCGCGCUGCGCUGGCUCACGGGCAAGGGCGUGUCCGUCCUGCCCAAGUCCUGCAGGGCCGAGCGGGUCGUGUCCAACGCGUGCUUGGAUUUCGACCUCGCGCCCGCGGACGUCGCGCGGCUCGACGCGAUCUCCGACGGCCGGCCGCGGUACUGGGACCCGGCGAACGUCGAC